AGGGUAGAAACAGUGCGACGCCGAUUAUAAGUAUUAAGUACGGGAGAGAGAAAAACUCGCAUCGUUGCAGUAGUGUGCCGAGUGGCGACGAGUGCUGCGACCGGCGCCUCACAGUGAUCAUCCCCAACCUCGCGUUACAUACCGUUGUAUACAAAGUGUGAAAAAAAUAAUAACCAAUCAGUGCACCCUCCGUCACACUUACACAGAAACACAGAAACACACAGGCGCAUUCUGGUGCAGCAAGAGUCGCGGCGCCAGAGAGAAUCGUCGGCAGAGUAUGCAGAGGUGGAAGACCUGCGACGCAGCGGCAAAGCAGCAGCCAAAGCCAUACACGGAGGUCGAGCGAGCCGGCCGGUGACGACGAAGCCGCCGCAGCGCUAACGGGACGAAGGAGAUCGGCUGAAGGAAAAUCGCGGAUCGAGCGAGCGAGGACAAGAGCGCGGCAGCGGAGCGAGAGGUAGGGCGGACAAGCGAUAGCAGCACGAUAGCACCGCUGGUGCCCUCGGCCGUGGGUCCCGGGGGGACGGGCGCCAUGGCGGCCUCAUCGUCCUCGUCGAGCGGCGAGCAGCAGUACUCCCUACGCUGGAACGACUUCCACUCGAGCAUCCUGAGCAGCUUCCGGCACCUACGAGACGAGGAGGACUUUGUCGACGUGACGCUCGCCUGCGACAGCAGCAGCUUCACCGCCCACAAGGUCGUCCUCUCUGCCUGCAGUCCCUACUUCCGCAGACUGCUCAAGGCCAACCCAUGCCAGCACCCGAUCGUCAUACUGAGGGACGUGGCGAGCUCGGACAUGGAAUCGCUGCUGCGCUUCAUGUACCACGGCGAGGUCCACGUCGGCCAGGAACAGUUGGCGGCCUUCCUCAAGACGGCGCAGAUGCUGCAGGUACGCGGACUGGCGGACGUCAACAGCGGCGCUGCGUCCAAGCUGCCCGCGGCCUCCGGCACCAACAGUGGGAACAACGCGAGCGCGCCGGCGACGCCGCGUAACCCCUGGCAGGACAACGGAAGGGCCGAGCUCAACGACAGCGGGAUGAGCCCACCCCCGGAGAAGCGGCCGAGGAGUUACUCGCCCCAGAUGGGCAACCACGUCGAGUCCAAGUCUGAUCUCCAGGAGUCCCUGCUCGGACAGGCCCUCGAGGGCGGCCCGACGAUACACACGCCCUCCGCGAACAACGUCCAGGCACAGUCGACGGGAGAGGAUUCGAACUCCAUCUCGGACAACGAGGAGGACACCUCGAACAACGACAGCAUCCUCAACUCGGUGAAGACCGAGCCCAGCGAACUCCUGAACGACUCGCUGGAACACCACCGAAGCACGUUUCCCGCGGCGCUCCUCGGCCUCCAAGGUCUGAUGCCAGGACCGUCGGGGAUACACGCGGCGAACCAGGACCCUAGUUACGGUCGUCGCAGCAUCGACAUACUGCGAGUGAGGGCGACGGAUCCCCGGCCUUGUCCCAAGUGCGGCAAGAUCUACCGAUCGGCCCACACGCUCCGCACCCAUCUCGAGGACAAGCACACGAUCUGCCCGGGCUACCGGUGCGUGCUCUGCGGCACGGUCGCCAAGUCGCGGAACUCCCUGCACUCGCACAUGUCGCGCCAGCACCGGGGCAUCAGCACCAAGGACCUGCCGGUGCUGCCGAUGCCCAGUCCCUUCGACCCGGAACUGGCCUCGAGGCUCCUCGCCAAAGCCGGGGUCAAGGUCAGUCCCGCUGAGCUCAGAGCGAGAGCCAGCCCGACCGGGCCCAGGCGGGGCGACAUGAGGCUGGAGAUGCCCAGGGGCGCGCCCUCCGAGGCGGGAAGCUCCCUCUGCGGGGGCGACGAUCCCGAGGACCUCACCGUGCCCCUCAGUCUCAGGUAUGGCUCGCCGACGCCCAACAACAACACCGUGAUAACGAAGCUGCCGAUGGGCCACAACGGCAACCACCACGCGCAGCAGCACCAAGGCAAUAACAACGGCAAGUCGACCCCGGCGGCGAUCGCAGCCAAGUCCCUCGAAUCCCUCCAGGCAGCCGCGGCGGCGGCCAGCCGCGAGCCCCAGACGGCUCCGUUCCAGCAGCAGGCCCUCAGCCAGCAGCACACCGCCACGGGCUCGGCCAUCAUGGACACCUUCCUGCAGUUCAUCGCCGAGAACUCGGGCAUGGGCGCGAUGAACGCGAUGAACCUCACUCACGAGCAGGCCGCCGCCUACGCAUCGGCCCACGCCAAGAUGGCCCAGAUGAGCGCGAUGGACAAGCUCGCCGGGCGCGGUGGCCUCCUCGCCGAGGACUAUCCGAUGAUCGGCCGCGACGAGGGCAGGGCUCUGCUGCACGACGACCGCAUGCACGAGGCAGGUGACUCGUCGGCCGGCGAGGAGGACGACUUCAGCGAGACUGACGAGCCCGAGAUCGUCAAGGCCGAGUAAUCGGCCUGUCUCUUCCAUCCACCCUCUACCUCAAGCGGCAGCCGGAGAAACGGACCCUCUGUUUCGUUAGGUCGAAAACUCAGCCGAGACGUGUGAAUACACCUGCCGUCGGUCGUUUGGAGAAUGCGACGCGCGUACACACACACACACACACACGCAUAUAUAUAUUGAAUGUUGAAGAAAAAACAUAUAUAUAUAUAUUUCGAGAGUCUAGCACCGCGAAUACUGAGAGAGCGUUGUUCAAGUUUUCCACGGGCCGGGCGAGAGACGUUCGCGAGAACGAUCUUUUUUACUCAACGAUACACGUGUAUUUUUCGUUUAAUUAUUUCUCAGAGAAAUGGCAUACAAGGUUAUCCGGACGAGGUGGUCUUUUGCACUCGUCCAGUGAUACGAUAUCAACGUUUAACUGUGACACAGAGCUUAUCCGGGUAAGCUAAACGUGCGUAUAGACGCCAUUUUGAAUCGGUAGUUCUGACGCGCACUUUAUCGAAAAACAAAGGUCAAAAGCUCGGUUUCCGGUAAAAUUAAUUUUAGGCCAAGCUGGAAAAGAUUCUUGCCAUUUUUUACUUUAUUCUGGAAAAAAAAAAAAAUAACGAGCUGGAGGUAAAGCUAUAUCGAUCAUACGAAUAUAAAGUAGUUCCUACUUUAAUGCAUACACAAGCGGGAGAUUUAGAUACAUAUAGGACACGCGUAGCUGAAUUGGCCUACGUACUUGGCGAUACUUCGGGUAGUCGCGUGGCCCCAUCAAGGAGGACAGAUUGAUACAAAAAUCGAGAGGAGUUUCAUGAAAAUCGCUUAUGUUAAAUAAUGAUAAGUAUCGUAUAGAGCGAGAACAUGUCCAGGGGGGGGGGGGACGAGUGUGCGCGUGUGUGAGUGAGAAAGAAAGCUGAAAUAAACAUUUACGACGGGUAGUUUUAAAGCUAGAAAUUCUUUGCAAAUUAAAAUGCUGUAUACAAUACUCUGAGUAUACUAAUCGUAGAUUUUAAGUAUCGAUAUAAAAAAAGACGUGCAGAUAUUUCUGGUAAAGACGGACAAGAGAGUUGAAGAGUAACUUUUUUUAGUUCUAAAAGCUUGACUAUACGGAGUUCGCGCGGUGGCGCGAUUAAAUGAACAAGAAAAAGAUGGUUAAAUAAGCUCGUAUACGAUCAAAGUAUACUGUCUUGAGAUAAACUUGUAUACGAAACAUUAAGUCUGAGGUGGAAAUAUUUGAGAAUUUGAGUUUCCGCAUUCGGAAUAAUGGACAAGUUUUUAAUUUCGCGCGUUCGCAGAGUUUUAACGAAAUGCGUUGAUAAAUUUAAGAGGCGUAUUUUUAAACAGGAAGAUUCGAUCUCGCGGUGAAAGACUUAAGGCUCCGAACAAAAAUCAGGUUAAUAGUUGGUACAAAGAAACCACUUCUUGCCUUGAAGCUCUCUAUUAUUAUUGUACGGAAUAAACGAUUUUUAAAUUAAAGGAAAAGAAAACGAUCUGAGAGACCCGAGCUGCCCCGGGCGCGAGGGGCUGAAUGGAAGAAAAGGAAUCAUACUAAAGUACAAAUUUUUCAUUCAGAAAUUUACAUAGAGCAGUAUGACAUUGCAAAACUAGAGUCGUGAGAAGGGAUCUGAAGCAAAAAUCGAGCUACGAACUUUCUGCGCAUUGAUCGUCAAGUCGUGUAUUAUAAUAAAAACAUUAAUAAUAUUAAUAGCUAUAUGAUAAUACUAAUAGUAGUAAUAACAAUAUUGAUAAUAACAGUAAUAGUAAUAUUAAAAAGUAAAAUCAUUAAUAUCUUCGAAGGAGCAGUACCGCAUGCGUGGGUGAUAGAACUUGAAGCGAAUGGUGCGUGCAAUUUUGUAUGAAGACGACAUUAAUUAUAAAGAAAAAGAUAAAAACGGAAUAAUAGCGACGAUCAGACGUCGGGAGAGAGAUGUGCCGUUGAGAUACACAGAGAGAGAGAGAGAGAGGGAGAGAGAUUGGGAGAAAAACCGUUUCGUGCCAUAGCCCGCAAAUAUCGACAGGAAAACUUGUAUAUUUUUGUUUUCGUUUUUUUUUUUAAAUCGGUUCUUUCGACUGAAGUGAUCUCGCCGAUGUAUAACGAGGAAUUCUUUCCGAAUACUUUUGUUCGUGUCUCCGACGUACGAUUGAAACAAUUCCACGAUUACAUCAAUAUUAAUAAUAAUACCAAGCCAAAGGGUUGUUGCGCCACGAAUCGAGAGAUAAUGCCGUGCAUAACUUGAGCGACAGGGUAAUAAUAAUGUCGCCGCAGAGUCAGAAUUUAUACGUAUAUAUUCUAUAUAUAAUAUAUAUAUAUAUUUAUGCAUCAAAGUCGCCGUGUCGAGUCAGCCUAUACAAUGAUAAUAAUAGUUUUCUACUGCAGUAUUUAUAUAGCUAUAUGUAUACACCAACACAUCUAUAUAUUUAUAUUUAUAAUACAGAAAAGAUUAUAUAAAUGUAUUUUUAUCGAGUCCCGCAUAUCGCGUAGCCGAGAUGUAAACGAAGUAUAUACUGCCCACUGUCUCUCGAUCCGCGAGCAGCCCCGCGGAGCAAACGAACCCGAAAUAGUCCGCAAUAGUCACUUGAAUCUUACAAUUAACAAUAACAGUAUUGCAAUAGUCUUAGAAAGAGAAAUAAAACGAAAGUCGCGGCGAGAGCUCGAGGCGACAGAACCUUUGAGAUCCGUCCUCCGCAAGAGCGUGUAUAGCAAAGAAAAAAAAAACACAAACCUGAAGGAGCCGCCUCGAGCCCUCGAAGCUCGACUUUACUAAAUGCAUUAUAAUAAAUAAUACAUAAUAACAAACUCAGGAAAACUGAAGCAGGCAGGCCGUGAUACUAUUACUUAUAGAACUACCUACUACCACUACUACUACUUCUACGUCUUCUUAUUAUUCUUCUUCUUCUUCUUCUUCUACUUAUUAAUUAAUAAUACUAAUACAUGAUUAUACUAACUGAAAGAAGUAGCGAGUGAAUACAAUCGAGAUACAUCAGAGCGUAAGAGCGACAAAACUACGAAGGCUCUAUAUUUUUGUCUCUUAUGUGUUACACUUGUUAAUUUGUUUGUUUGUUACAAGUUUUUUUAUACUGCUGCAGGCAACAGUUGCUUGUAAACACAGUUUCGAGUUAUAAUUGCGAACAACCACACCACAGCUACCUCCAUGUCGUGUCAGUCUUCUUUUUUGCGUGGAUUUAACAUUAAAUACAUUAUAAUAACAAUUAUAAGAAGAUAAUAAAACAAUAUUAUUGCAACGGAAGUGAGCGAGAAAAGAUAUAGGGAGAGAAUAGUCCUCGACGAGUCGAUCCAAUGCUCUAUUAUAAUAAUAUAUCGAUAACGUUGAUUUUUAAUUUGUAUUGGUUGCGUCCUCGAAUAUGCGAUGUUUUUAAGCGUAACGAUAUAGUAAUUAUGUCAUAUGGUUAUUAUUGUGUAACGAUGAGAAUCGUGCAGUAGACAUGCGCGAGAUGAAUUAUCAUUAUUAUUACAUUAUUGCUUCCAGUUGUCCGAGAUACAGCCUAUAACACAGAAACGAAAUUGCCAACAGCUGAUGAUAGAAAACUCGAAUCGGCGAUCGAACAAAAAAAUUCGCUUUACACUUUGAAUACGAAGAACUGAAAUUUCACUGCCAUACGAACUGAUGAUGAAGCGCUGAAUUCCAAAUUAUACUUACUGUAUGCAAUACACGAUGUACUUAGACACACAGACACAGUCACUGGAUAAUUUUCAUUGAAUCAUCGGUAACUCGUACGAGUAGAUCACAUCGGGCGGAAACAUCGGAUGCAUUUGCGACUUGCGUUUGUGUGCGUGACUGAAUGAGACAGAGAUUUUCCGUUCGACUUAUGUAUAUUGUCUACAAUAAGAAGCCGCGUCGAUAAAUCUGUACAUUGUAAUCGUGUUUUUUUUUUUUCUCUCUAUAUAUUGUGCAAUUUAGGAACGAUUGAACGAAAUUCGAUGCGCGCGAAAUUGGCGCUAACAGGUUUUAGAACAGUAUAGUUUAGUGGAAACUUUGGUUUUCGAAUACGCGGUUCCGACGAUACUGGAAAAACACUGACGGUGAAUCUAUGCCUACGAGUGACUUAAUGAAUAAAAGCAAAGGUGUUGAAAGAGUGUGAAAUGCGCGCAAUCAAGUUACUUAGAUUCGUCGUUAUAGUGAAGAUUUAAGGUGCUUCUAGAUUGUUAUAUACAUUUAUCGCUCAUUAUUAUUAUUAUUAUUAUUAUUUUUAUUAUUAUUAUUAUAUUAUUAUUAUCGCUAACUAUUUGCGUUUUUUUGUCGACAACGUUUUGUUUAUAUAUUAUUUUUCUUCUCAUUGAUUUCACGUCAUCUGCCACUAGAUUUUGAAAUCGACCCGUUGGGAGCACAAAAACGUCAAUAACUUGUAAAUUAUUAUUAUUAUUAUUUUUUUUUUUUUUCAAAAACUCAUUCGUUUUUGUCUACACCAACGUCUUCCUUAAUCUCUGUCGCUCGGCCACUUUUUGUAAAUAUAAACGCUCUAUUUAUCAGUCGUUGGCGUGCUCCCAAUUUACAAUUACCCAUAGACUUCUUCGUUUGUUUGUUUAUUUUUAUUGCCCUUCGCGCUCGUACUACGUAAAAACUACUUAUGUUCUUAUUAUUUUGCCAUUCUUAGCGUGUAAGCUAUUCAACUUGCCAAUGCGAUUUAAUAAAUAUGUUGGAAACGAUUGAUUAAUUAUAUUUUUAUUUAUUUUUUCACCUUUUUAUUUUCCUUGGUUUUUUCAUUCCACUUUUAUUUAUUUCAGGGCAUAAAAUAUAUGUGAGAGUAAUAUGACCACAGGUGAAUGUAUGUGGAAAUGAUAUCAUCGACGCAAUUAUGUACUUAAAAAUAUUAUCAGCCUUGUGUAUUUACUUUGAAAUUGACGUCUCGACCAAACGCAAUACAACCUAAUUAGUAAGAUUUUUAUUGUAUCGCAUAUUACGUAUAAUAAUUAGACUAUGGUAUUUAAGCAUUCUUACAAUGUUAUACGAUUAUCAGAGAAAUGAAAAGUGAAGAUAACGGUGUUAGGAGAGUAAAAAAUUUAGCCGAUAUUGUCCAAGUUUUUAUUAGACUAUUGACUUGUGCUUUAAAUGCAAACAUAUGAUAUACGAUAACACGCGUAUACGACGUAAGACGUUAGAAUGUAAUGUGCUGACGAGGUGGGAUGACAUAUGACUUUGUCGGAAGUGCAAUGUAGGAAAUGAGUAAAAUUUUGUUUCGAAAUCCAUAUUGAAAAGUCCACUCCAAUAAUUAUAGAUCGUCUAAACUAGGAGCUCGUGUUUUGCGGGUCUUGUGCCUUUUUACGGCCUGUUUGUGCGUAUCACGUGCGCACAAUGCGUUCACUCUUGCUAUAUCAAUUGUAUCUCAAAAUUACUCACAACAAAAACAAUAUUGACUUUUUCAAAUGUUUCCAUGUCUUAUGCAAUAUUUCAAAUGGUGCAUUUCGCACACGGAUAAUAUACACAAAGAAACAAUAUUUACAAGUAAUAGAAUUUUUUAAGUGAACGAGAAUACAUCAGGCAAUCACAGUUCCUAUUUACUAUAUACAUGAUGAUGAUGAUGAUGAUAUAUAUAUAUAUACCAGCUAAGCUAUAUAUUAUAUAUACAUACGAAGCACUUUUAGUAUGUGCGUGGAAACAAAAAUGUUGAAAAUAAGAAAAAUUAUAUAUGUAUAUUUACAAUGUAAGACAGAUAUUAGAAGUUAGUGAAAAAAACUGUUUACCAUGUAUACCACACGUGAUCAUGUAUACGAUAUGAGCACACGCAGCUCGUAUUAGCUAUGUACUUAUACGCGUGCGAAAAAUUAUAAAAAUGCUUAUAAUCAAUGAGAAAAAAAAUGAUAGACUUUCAAAGGAAUUUCAAAGGUAUACCAUAGUUUGUCGUCAGGUUUAUAUAUAAAGUUCUUAGGAGUCGUUAUUAAGAGAAUGAAUAAAAAAAAAAACAAGAAUUAACGUAAUCGUAUGUUUUGAAGCGGCGAACUUCCUUAGGGUCGAUCGGCGUCAACUGUUGUUAUGAGUUGAUUUUGAUCUUUGUUUUGUAGGAUGCCAUUUGUAUAUAAAAUUAUCAUUGUAGGAAAUUAUUAUCAAUAAAACAAUUGAAUAUCAUCUGA